AUGCAGCGACGCCUGCCUGUGCUCAUGCUGCUGCUGUUUCUGGCACUUCUGCCUAGCGAAUUGCCGUCUCAUGCUUCCGCGCUGCCGCGCACGUGCGGAGUGGCGGAGCAGGGGGAGGCUGCAGCUGGCGGAGAGGCGGGAAAUUCCGGCGCAAGCGCAGGGAUUGCGCACGUGUGCGAUGCGCGCGAGGCGGGAAUGCCGGGGAAGGAGGACGGCGCAGGGGACGAUGAAGGCGGAGAUAGUGAAGCGGUAGAGAGCGAUUUAAAGGAGUAUCUUGACACCUUGGACGAGGCAGAGCGGCAGCCGUGGGCGCAGAUGGAGGCGGGGGAAUGGGCGCAGGCGGAGGAGCUGUUCUCGCGCGUGGCGCACGUGGGGGAGGGGAGGGGGAGCGCGGAUUCAACAGCGGAGAGCGCAGGGGCGUCGGGGGGAAAGGGGGAGUUGGCAGUGCGGGAGCGGAUGCUGCAGGGGCGGGGGUGGGCGCGCACCCUGAUGCAGUCAUACGCGCUGGCGGAGAGAGACCUCCGCGAGGGCGUGCGCAGGUUCCCAGGCAACGUGCGCAUGUGGGAGUGCCUGGGGUCGCUGCACUUCGACAUGGGCCUCAUGCCGCAGGCAUACGACGACUUCUCACAAGUGCUCGCCCUGUACCCCAACCACAUCGAUGCUCUCCGAUGGCGAGGGCUAGCAGCGCACCGGCUGAGGCGGCACCCAGAGGCCAUAGCGGACCUGAGAGCUGUGCUGCGCGCCGAGCCCAUGGACUCCUUCCUCCUCAAAACCGUGGCCCUAUCAUACACGUGCAUGGGGCAGUACCGCGAGUCGCUGCCGGUGUGGCAGGAGGCGGUGGAGCGGCAUGCGGGCAUGGCGGAGAUGUGGGAGGAGAAGGGCAGCGUGCACCGCAUUCUCGGCGAGGACGCCCCCGCCAUGCUCUGCCUGCUCACCGCCCUGCGCCUCCGCAGCUCACUUGUCCCCGCCAUGCCAUCUGUUCCCGUGCCAUGCAUGGCAGCUCACUGGCAGCGUAUCGCAACAUAG